AUGUUUGUAAUUAGGACACCCACAAAAGCCCCCAAGAGGGCUCAAAGCACAAGCCCCGACUCGAACAGGGAAGUGACCGCCGAGCUAAACGUGACUUAUGAAGCGAAACCUUCAACCCCACCGACGGAAGCCUAUGUGAUCGCUUUAAAUAGCAACAUAGAAACGGCCGAUCCGAUAGACAUCACUGGAUUUACGACGGAGGUGCCUGCUGAGACAGGAACAAAGCCUCAACCAAUUCGACUCUUUAUGACUACACAGAGUCGCGCCGCACCAGCAAAGAAGAAGUUGACAAAAGCGCACUCUUCGCAAUCGAACUCAGGGUUAACAGAAGUGGCAUCAGCGGAUAGAGAGAAGACCUCAAAGUCUCAGGAAACUUUAAAUAAUCCAAUGGAACAAACAAAGAUCAUAGAAAGAAUUCUAAGC